AUGAAGGCGGUGGAAGACACCAAUCUGGAGGCCGCGAUUGGGUGGCUUACAGAUACCAUCCUUGCAAAUCUCCCAGCCGGCGGCAAGCUGGAGUCAUGGAUUCGCCAAGCUGGCCUCGGCAACGACAUCGGGAAGCUCAAGUCCGAGGUCGAGGCGGUGGAGAUGGUGGUCUCUGCUGUGCAGGGGAGGGCGGCCGGUAACAAGCCGCUGUCCCGAUCUGUCGCGGCCGUCAAGGAGCUGCUCUACGACGCCGACGAUGUGGUCGACGAGCUCAACUGCUACAGGCUGCAGCAGGAGCUCGAGCCAGAGACGCUGCUCCUAACGGAUGGACAUGGUGGAACGCAACAAACUUUUGAGAAUUCUAGAGAAAAUACUGAUGAUGUACAGGGUAGCAGUAAUGGCAGGUUACGGUCCGAGGUAUGGGAUCAAUUUGAAAUCACAGCGUUUCUUGAACAAAACGGAGGACCUUCGCCUUCCAGAGCAAGAUGCAAGCGCUGUCAAACAGAGCUUAUGUGCGAAACCAAGAAUGGGACAUCAGUUUUGCGCAAUCAUCUCAAGAGCAAAGCUUGUAGCCACAAACGUGGAGCAACUGACCCUUGUUCAAGCACUAGUGAUGCUACUACAAUUCCUACCCCCGUUGCAGCUGGUAAUUCGUCCAGCAGAAAAAGGAUGAGAACUGGUCAGGAGUCAACGCACAUUGCCGCAGGUGACCCAAACGGGUGGAACAAGGAGGCAUUUUCCGAAAGGAUACAAGACAUCACUAAUUAG